AUUCCACAAAAUCUUCUAAGAUGGGCAUGUAUCAACCUGGCCUUCUCUAGUCAAGUCUUCUCAACUUCCUUAAUUAUUAAUAUAAUUGUUGGUUGGAACUUGGCAGUUUGGUAUCUUUUUCUUUUAAAGUAGAAAUGGGAACGCGCCUAAUGUUGCUCAAAGAUGCUCAAUUGUUACUGUUUUAUUUUUGAGUAAAUAUUAUACACCUGUAUCCUAACCUUCACAAUAAGACGAAUACAGUUAGCUAAUUCUGGAAAUAUUUUUACUUGUUGGUUUGUACAAAUUAAGAUAAAUAUAAUUUCCUAUUAUGUAUGCAGGUAUUGAGCAUUUUAUCAUCAAAAAUUCGAAUUAAUUGGAAAUUAUGUUCACAGUUACGAUUUAAUUGUUGUCAGGGAACUCUAGCUAAUCAGUCACCACUGUUUCUUGAUUUAAAAUAUAAAUUAAAUUUUCGCGUAAAGAUGAGAACUCCAUUACCUUCUCAGGUUAACGUUCAAGUAAGACAAAUCUUUGGUGCCCCACGAAAGUCUUUGUUCGACGAAAAGGAAUACAAAGUCUUGAAGCUGGAGAAUGACUUAACAGUCCUUCUAAUAUCAGAUGUUGAAAACUUGGUGUCACUGAGUGGCGAUUCUGAUAGUAGUAAUGGCGAUAGCACAGACAGCAGUGAAAGUUCCAGUGAAAGUGACGAUGACGAGGAUGAUAGUGCUUCGUCGUCGGACAGCUCUCAAUCUUCGUCUGAAGAGGAAGCAGAAGAGAAAUUGGCAGCAGUCGGACUGUGCGUGGGCGUCGGCAGCUUCAACGACCCUCCGAAUAUCCUGGGCAUGGCCCAUUUCCUCGAGCACAUGGUGUUCAUGGGGAGUAAGAAGUACUCCGAAGAAAAUGAUUUUGACGCUUUCUUGACACACCGAGGCGGCUCGAGUAAUGCUUCCACCGACUAUGCCCACACCACGUUCAACUUCGAGUGCCAGGAGAAGCACUUGGAGAAGGCGAUGGACAGGUUCUCUCAGUUCUUCAUCGCCCCGCUCAUGAGGAAAGAAGCCAUGCAGCGGGAGAGAGAGGCGAUUGAGUCAGAGUUUCAGAUAGAGCUGCCGAUCGACGGGAACAGGAGGGAGCAGAUCUUGUGCAGUCUGGCCAAGCAGGGUCACCCCGUCAACAAGUUCUCGUGGGGGAACCUGAAGACCCUGCGGGACGGCGUGUCUGAUGACCAGUUGUACGCAGAGGCCCACAAGUUCCACGAGAAGCACUACUCCGCCCAUCACAUGACCUUGGCUGUUCAGGCUAGACUUCCUUUGUCAACCCUGGAGGAGUGGGUUGUCAAAUAUUUUUCAGCCAUACCCAACAAUAAACUACCACCAGAUGACUUCAAGCCAUUUUCUGAUGGCAUUUCAUUUGACACUCCCGAAUUCACCAAGUUAUAUAAGGUCGAGAGUGUGAAAGACAUUAAUAAGCUCUACAUAACUUGGGCUUUGCCAUCAUUCGUUCACAUGUAUCGUUCGAAGCCCCAUCAAGUCAUCUCCUCAGCACUAGGCUACGAAGGCAAAGGAAGUCUUAUUUCUUAUCUGCGCAAAAAAGUCUGGGCUCUGGACCUUGAAGCUGGCAACAGCGAGGAUGACUUUGAGCACAACUCAAUGUACUGUCUGUUCAACAUAUCCAUCGGGCUCACCACUGAAGGGGCCAAACACAUUCCACAGGUCGUGGAAGCGGUGUUUGGUUACUUGCAACUGAUGAAGCAGUCAGGCCCAAAUGAAAGGUUUUUUGAAGAAAUAAGGUUGAUUGCCGAGAUAGGCUUCUUGAACGAGGAUGAAGCAUCAGCUUGGGAUUUCACUGAAGAACUCUGUGAAAACAUGCAUUUCUAUCCUCCUGAAGAGUACAUUGCAGGGCCGUAUCUCUUCUAUGAAUACGAUCCACAGGCAAUUACAGAUUGCCUGGCACGACUGUCACCAGACAAAAUAAAUGUGAUGAUAUUUAGAAGAGAUGAUGAUGUGGUUUAUGACAGAACAGAACCGUGGUUCAACACAAGUUAUAAUGUGUCUGACGUCCCGGAGGAGUGGCUGAGCGCGUGGCGGGACGCCGCGCUGGACCCGGGCUUCUUCCUCCCCCCGCCCAACGUCUUCCUCCCCACGAGGUUCGACCGCCUGCCGCUCGCCGGCCCGGCACCCCCGCACCCCGUCAAGGUUCGCGACGACGUGACGAUGGAGGUGUGGCACAAGCAGGACACCAAGUUCAAGCAGCCCACCGCCUACUACUGUUUCAACUUCAUAUCCCCCCUCAUGAUGGAGUCCGUCCACAACUGGGUGAUGUUCGACCUGUACUGCAGCCUGCUGAAUCAGCAGGUGGCGGAGGCUUGCUACCCAGCCAUCGCAGCUCACCUUCAGUACUCCAUCAGGGUGGGGGACACCGGCAUCAUCGUCAUGGUGAACGGCUUCAACGAUAAGCUGCAGUUGUUGUUGAAGACCAUUGUGGAGCACAUGAGUAGGUUUGAAGAGAACUUGACCCAGGAGAUGUUUGAUGCGCUAAAGGAACAUGAAAAAAGGAGCUACUACAACAGCUUCAUGAAGCCAAAGCGCCUUGUCAGGGACUUGCGAUUGGCCAUUCUUCUUCAGAAGCAUUGGACGUACGUGGACAAGCAUGCUGCAUACGAGAAGAUAGAUGUGGACAUGCUGAAAGACUUAUCUCGGCAGAUCCUGCAGCAUCUGUACGUCCAGUGUCUCAUUCAAGGCAACGUGACGAAAGAGGAAGCCCUGAGUGCCUGUGAUGCCGUGGUCAAGACUUUGAAAUGUGGGCCACCUCUGCCAAGCACGCUGCCUCAAAUAAAGGUGCUGAAAAUCCCGGAGGGAGAACAUUUUUGCCGUAUUAGCUCCUUCAACCACCAAGACCCAAACAGUUUCAUAAUCAACUACUACCAGAGUGGGCCGGGUACUAUUAAGAGCUCGUGCAUCUUGGAGCUUAUCGUGAAAUUAAUGGAGGAGCCAGUUUUCAACACACUGCGCACUAAAGAGCAGCUUGGAUACGAUGUUUGUUGCGAAGUCAGAGACACUUAUGGGAUACUGGGAUUUACAGUUGCCGUUAACUCGCAAGCUGAUAAACACAGUGUUGAUCACGUUGAUGAGCGAAUUGAGGCAUUUCUGAAGAGAUUCGUUAACAUGCUCAGAGAUUUGUCGAGCAGCGACCUGGAAGAAGUGCGACAUUCUCUCAUCAACCUGAAGCAAUGCAGAGACCUGCAUCUGAAGGAGGAAGUCGGCAGGAAUUGGCAAGAGAUUCUCAACAACACGUAUUUGUUUGAUAGAAUGUCCCGAGAGGUAAAAGCUCUGGAGACUAUCAGCCUUGAAGAGCUGCAGAAGUGGUUAAAAGACCACAUUUCUUCCAGCAGUAGCUCCAACUUCCGCAAGUUAUCUGUCCAGGUGGUGGGACACACCACACCUGACAAGGACUCGGGGGGCAGGGAUUCAGACGAGAGUCACGCGAGAGUCCACAGGCAUGCCAGAGUCCACGGCUCACCACGCAUCAAUAGGCGGCGGCCCAGUCAAUUACAGAUGCAUAAUGCCCAUGCAGUGGAUUUUUCAUUGAAAUUUAUAACAACCUCGGAUAAGAAAUCCCCAGAGAGUUUUAUUUCAGACAUAGGCAUAUUUAAGGACAAACUAACUAUAUAUCCCCAUAACAAGAUUGUUGAUUAGUAUUAGUGCUUAAAUUAAAAAAAAAUUAAGUUCACAAUUGCCUGCUCACAAAUUGUUGGUUUUGUAUGUGAAAUACAGUUUGUUAUAUUUCACUAUAUUAUGUAUGUGUAAGAUUUUUUAAUAUAAAUGCUUGGCUUA